AUGUCUACUGCUGUUGUGAAAAGGCAGAAGAAUGAGACAAUUCCAAUCAAGUCUCUUGUGAAGAAAUCCAAGAUUUUUUCCCCCUUCAGAACUAUAGGUCAUGUUUCCGAUGGAUCACCUUUUGCAAUUGGUACAUUAGGAGCAACAUUCUACAUUGUGACCAUAGUUGGUAAAUCGUUUCAAAUCUAUGAUGCAUCUACUUUACAUUUGCUUUUCGUUUCUAGCAGACAAACACCCGAUUCAAUAUCCUGCGUUACCGCACGUUCUCACUUUGUCUACUGUGCAUAUGGAAACAAAGUAGGUAUAUUCAGAAGAGGCAGAUUAGAACAUGAAAUAGAAAUUCCAAAUUCCUCCGACGAUCCAAACUUUAAAAUCAAUAAGUUACUUGUUUUCAAUGCAUAUUUGGUAGCAAUCACAGACAACCGAGUCUAUGUUUAUGAGAAUAAGGCGCCAACAGACAAAUAUCCAACCGAAUUUUACACCUCUUUUCAAGUCAAUUCUAUUUAUGGAUCCAUUGUUGAUCUUAUCCAUAUGCCGACUCAUAUGAAUAAGAUUGUUAUUGCAACAUCUAAGCAUCUCUUGGUUUACAAUGUCAAGACAGGUAAAAACGUCUAUACUUCUAAAGAAUUUGCAGAAACUAUAACCACCAUCACACCUGCGCCAGUGAUUGAUUUCUUGGCUAUUGGAACUACCGAGGGUGUUUGUAAAAUCUACAAUAUUAAGAAGGCCAAAACUAUGAAAACUAUCAACACAGGUUCCAAGUCUUUGGUAACUUCAGUUUCAUUUAGAACUGACGGAAAUCCACAUGUUGUGUUAUCCUUAAGGAAUGGUGAUCUGUUCUUUUACGACUUGAAUAAAAAUGCACGAAUUCAUCUUUUAUCAAAUGUUCACAAGGAGGAGUAUGGUGGUGUGUCAAAGGUCCAAUUUCUUAAUGGUAAUCCGAUUAUUGUUUCAACUGGUGGUGAUAACUCCUUGAAGGAAUUUGUGUUUGAUCCAGCCUUAUCAGAAACAAACUCUUCAAUUGCCUCCCCUCCAAGACAUUUGAGGUCUCGUGGUGGUCAUUCUGCUCCACCUAACUCGAUCCUCUUCAGCGAUGAAAAUGCACACUUUAUUGCAUCAGGAUCGUUGGAUAGAACGUUCUGGCUAUUUUCCUUAAGAAAGGAUGCACAGUCUCAGGAAAUGUCACAAAAAGAAAAUAAGGUCAAGAAUGGACAAAUGCAAGCAGGCGCAUCUGGUAAAUACAAAAUGAAGUUCCCCCCUAUUGUGUCUAUGGUCCAAGAGAAUGCCAGAGAGGGUGACUGGGACAAUAUUUUAACUGCACACCAAGAUGAAACUUUUGCAAGAACUUGGAACUCAAAAAACAAAAAAGUUGGUAAAUGGAAAUUGGACACCAUUGACGAAGGUAUUGUUAAAUCUAUUGCCAUUUCUCAAUGUGGUAAUUUUGGAUUUGUUGGAAGUAGUAAUGGUGGUAUUGGUGUUUACAACUUGCAAAGUGGUUUAUUGAGAAAGAAAUAUAAACUACAUAAGAAGACUGUUACCGGUAUUGCAUUGGAUGGCAUGAAUAGAAAGAUGGUUUCCUGUGGUUUAGAUGGUAUUGUGGGAUUUUACGAUUUUUCUCAAAGUAGAUAUCUUGGUAAACUGGAGUUCGAUUCUCCAAUUACUCAAUUGUGCUAUCAUAGGUCAAGUGAUUUGUUUGCUAUUGCAUUGGAUGACUUGUCAAUUGUAGUUAUAGAUGCAAUCUCACAGAAAAUUGUUAGACAACUCUUCGGUCAUACAAACAGAAUAACCGCCAUUGAUUUCUCAAAUGAUGGAAGAUGGUUGAUCUCUUCAUCUUUGGAUUCGACUAUAAGGACAUGGGACUUACCAACAGGUAGUUGUAUUGAUGGUAUUAAGCUACCCAAGGUGGCUACUAGUUUGAAAAUGUCUCCUAAUGGUGAAUACUUAGCCACAGCGCAUGUUAACGAUGUGGGGAUUUCCCUUUGGACCAACAAGUCUCAGUUCAAAAAAAUAACAACAAAGCAUAUUGAAAGUGAAGAUGAUUUUGCCAACAUGCUAUUGCCAAAUGUCAGUGGUGAAGGUGGAUCAAUUAUGCUCGAAGGGGCUUUUGAAGAUGACGAAGUUGAUUUUAAUGAAGGUAUUUACAUUUCUCCUCCAGUCUUGGACGAAAAACUUAUUACAUUCUCCAAUAAUCCGAGGAACAAAUUUAAUGCAGUGAUUUAUUUAGAAAACAUAAAACAAAGAAAUAAGACCAAAGAAGCUCCAAAAAAACAGGAAAAUUUACCAUUUUUCCUUGAACUUACCGGUCUCAAGGCAGGUAAUAGUGCAAUUGAAAACGAAUUGGGUAAGAAUGUUGUUGAUGAAAUGAACCAAAGAGCAGUUCAAGGUGAGUCCACUUCUAAAUUACUUGAUUUAGAUGCCUCAAAAGAAUAUAAAUUUGAAACCGAUUUCACUAAACUAUUGAGACUAGCCAAGUAUGAUGAGUUCAUCAAAUUAGUGGUUGAUAUGACACCUUCUCAAAUUGAUUUUGAGAUUAAAUCACUAUCUGUUUCAUCCCCCUUUUCAGAAAUAGUAUCUUUCUUAGAUGCUAUGAAGUUUGGUAUUAAAUCAAAUCGGAAUAUAGAGAUGAUAGUUGCUAUCUUGUUUGUGUUCUUGCAAUCCCAUUCCGAUGCUAUCUUUGGUAUAAAAAAGCUUGCAACAGAGGAAGAUAAUGAAGAUGCCAAGAAGGUUGUUGCUGCAUUGCGUGCAUUUGAAUUUGUAAAUAACAAGGCGAUGGACAGGUUAGAUGAGCUCACUAAGUAUUGCUCAAGUGUUACUAAUUUCAUAUCGACCACUUAG